AACCAAUUGAAAUUAGCUGUGAAUGGGAAACUGCACAAAACCGACUAGAGUAUACGACCAACAGACGGUUAAACCAAAGCCCCAAAAUGCAGAUUCACCCUGUAACCAAUUUUGCUUGUCACUACUCACCCACUAGAUGACACUUCCAAUGAAAAUGGUGGAAACUCCCCAGAAGGCCACAAAUGCUUUCUCCUCGUUCACUUCAACCUUUCCAAGCCAUAUUCUGGCGCCAAUAUAAAAAACCCAACCAACAACCCAAUUAGUACCCAAAACGAAAAAUAAAACAGAACCAACUUUAUGGAAGGGGAAAAGAAGCACUUUGUGCUGGUUCAUGGAGCAGCACAUGGAGCAUGGUGCUGGUACAAGCUGAUCCCGCUCCUGAAAUCCAGUGGUCACAGAGUUACUGCUCUCGAUCUCGGAGCAUCCGGUGCUGACCCGAAUCGGCUGGACGAGAUCGUCACGAUUUCGGAUUAUGCUCGGCCGUUGAUGGAGUUCAUGGCCUCCCUGCCUGAAGAUGAUGAUGAUGGCAAGGUGAUUCUGGUGGGUCACAGCUUUGGUGGCUACGUUAUAUCUAUGGCCAUGGAGAGGUUCCCUGAGAAAGUGCUGGUGGCUGUUUUUGUGACUGCUGAAAUGCCUAAUCUCGUCGAGCCUCCUGCCACUCUCAUGAUAGAGGAUCUGGAGCUGGCCAAGCUGAUGAUUAGGCCAUUCAAGUUCUUCCUGGGAGACAUGUCCAAGGAAUCCCUGCUGAGUGAGGCUCAAUAUGGUUCUGUGAAGAGGGUAUACAUUGUGUGCAAAGAUGAUGUCCUGACGAAGCAGGAAUUCCAGGAAAGGAUCAUUAAGAGCUACCCACCAGAUGAGGUGAAGUACAUUGAAGGAGCUGACCACAUGGCUAUGCUGUCAAAGCCAAAGGUGCUCUAUCAGUGCCUGCUGGAAGUUGCUGAUGAGGAUUGGCAGAGUUGUGAUGCUCAGCUUCAGAAAGAAGGUGGUUCAGCCGAGUGA